AUGGCGAACGAGGAGCGCCUGGCGCUCGCCUCGAUAUGGGGUUUUGAACCGAUAGGUGUAAGUGGCCCUACCAUUCACAAGAGUCAAUCUGCCAAUGCCAAUUCCGUUCAGGUCCAGGAGAUCAGUGAAGAAGUCCUCUCCGUCAAAGGCUCCCUCGACGAUUACACAACGAAGAUCGCCAACGUUGUGUCUAAUACUAUCGCGGGCCAGGAGUACAAAGACCUACUUGAUUUGGAUAUGACGUCUACCCUCCAGGGCGUUGGCCACGUGGACGAAAUGAAUGGACCUCUGGACGAGGGUUAUGAGCUGAUUCCCACCUCCACGAUUCAUAUAACUAAGUUUUGGCUUUCGUCUCGCGGGGGUUUGGGAUGCUAUUCCUUUGAGUCUAGGAACAUACUCUCAAGCAUUGCUGAGCUCACUACCACCGAGAUCACUAUGCUCGACGAUACGCAAGGAAUCCAAGUCUCAGGAACCAGUGCAGUGGAUGUUGAUGAUGCUCUGGCAAAGCUUUCUCGGGUUGAGAAACCAUUGACAUGCCUUCAACAUCCUAUCAUGGCCAACAUGCUGGUCGUUUCGGAAGAUGAUGGGUUCCGCUAUCGUAUUCAGAAGUACAAUACACUGAACCCGAUCGCCCAGAGUCGGGUUCUAGCCGAUCCGAUCCUAGGCAGGUAUGCUGUUCCGGGGGAGAUGUACGUCACGGUGCAAUUCUCCCUCGAUAAAGUGACUCACUCAAUGGGAAUGCCAACCAAUUUGAAAAAUCCGCCCCAUCUUGUCAACGACCCUGGUAAAUCUCGUAUUUGGAAUGACUUUGUUUUCCAGCCGCUUGGAAGUGGCGAGGGAUAUCAUGCAGUAAUCUCGAUGGCCGAAAGCACCAUACCUGGAACCCGCGCAAUGACAAUAGAGGAGGUCUCAGCUUCGCUGCACCCUUACCUGACCGCUGAAAAAGCAAAGCAGGUCAAUCAAUGGGUUGUUGAGGGGGCACGAGUGGAGAGAGAUGUUCCUGAAACAGGUUCCGUGGCUCCAGAUACCGCACAGGCUCCUGUCCCCAAGGCCUUUGCGCUUGUACCACGCGAUGUGACUGGUGCAGCCGGGGCCCAGAAACCGACCGGUGUAAAAGUGCGCAGGGUCGCUCCAGCUGUCUCAAAGCCAGUGUCUCAGGCGGCUCCCUCAGCUACUAAGCCGAAAUCAAGUUCGAACGGAGCUCCUCCGGUGACAGAGCCUAGAUCACCCAAAUCCGAAAAUCCGGGUUUGAAUGAAUACGAGCUUUCGCCUAGGAAACGCUGGGUGAUGCAAUAUGAUAUCAAGAAUGGCGAGCAGAACUUACAGGCUCCAAUGUCGGAGGCAAAGGCUCCUGGACCUCAAUCUCAGGCUCAGCUCUCUGAAGACAAGUCAAUUUUGCCAUCUACAUUUGACACUACUCGUUACGGCCUGAAGAGUCCUUCAUCACUGCAACGGCCUUGGAGCCGACGAGGUAACCCCAGCUUUGGUUCAGCAACAAGAUGGAAGGCCAGCCGUCAGAAUCAGCUCAUUGACAUCAACGUGCCUGUAACCGCCGCCACCAGCUCCCAGAUUAUAUCAUUUGAUCAACCAGCUCUUCUCCCAUCAGCCUUCUCGUCUAGCGCUGACACCACGGCUUCGUUUGACAAGAACACUUCGGACCUUGCUGGGCUGACCAUUGGGCCUGGAAGUUACCUGGAGUCCAGUGAGUCUGGGUCUGGACAUGGACCUACUACUCCAGUCAAUGGUAGCGUUGCAUACCAAGAGGAAAGGCUCGGUGCACUGCGCGAAAAAUACAACGCAACAAGUCGCGAGGUGAUUUCCACAUCCAAUGCAAUUUCCAAUGCUCCAGCCUCCCGAAGUCAAGCAAACGAGAUAUGGGUCAAAGCUAUGAUUACUGAUUUGGAAAGAGCACAGCGCUCAGAAAAAGAGUCCUCCGAUGAGGUUGCAUCUAGAAAGUUUCACAAAACCAGACACAGGGCUCCAAAGAGUGCUAGUGCUGCUAAAAGCAAGGCAGAAGCCAAGGCGAGAAGGCAAGCGACGCUUGAAGAUUCCUGGGGCAUUGGCAAGCCGAAGAAAAAGCCUACCGCCGCCUCAGUUGAACAGAACCCAGCCGCAAGUUCCAAUAUGCAAGCUUCGAACGUGCCAAAGCCAGCUCCCGUAGAAGACGCUGCCUUCAAGAAGCAGGUGAAGAAUCUUCAUGAUGCCAUUAUUCCCAUCCUUGACUCGGCGGCGUGCUUUCCUGGAGCGAUGAAUAUCGAGAUGCAGCUUGGUCUGGUCUUGAUACCUCUUCUUCCCAUGACCUACAGCCAAGAAUCCAUGACUUUGGAUGGCUGGACAAAAUUGUUUCGUCCACCACGCGGCUUAUUCGCUCCGACCACAAAGUUCGUCACAAGACUUACCACUUCUGGUGCCGACAUUGACCAUAUCGUAGACAUUCGAACUUCCAAGGCCGAUGGCAAGCGUCGCCUAUUCGAGCAGGACUACACGGAUUACGGCGUCUCCUAUGAAUAUCACUUUCGCACUAGAUCUAACAAGGUCUACAUGGUAGCCAUCGAUGAGAAUGGGAGUCACAGCAUCCGAGAGCCAGGAAAAGCCCUUGGUGGAGUCAACUUCCACUUCCCAGGUCACACGUGGGAUGCAAGAAUGUCGGUCAGCAAAGCGACGGGGUUCGCAUGUGACACUAAUUCGGAUAUUGAACAGAUCGCCCAGCAUCUCAUCAAGAGCAUCUGGAUCGAACCGGACAAAUUCCUCAUCCGCAUUUACACGCGUCUGCCCACCGAGAUUGAAAACAAAGUCACCCUGGAGAAUGUCUAUAUGAAGCGAUGGACUCGGCACCGUCACCUGCAGCCCGGCGAAGCUGCAUCCGCCUCGGGUCCCAAAGCAGCAACUGUGGCCGACAAAGUCUGCAACGAUGAUGGCAAUGCCACCUCCCACAUCUUCCUGCAGAUCACAGAAGUGCAAGACCUCAUCCACGGGAAACACCCCACUGAGCCGGAAGUCAAGCGAGCCCGGGCCACGCCGCCGGCAGAUAUGGUGAGCAACGGUCGACUCUGGUACGAAGUCGCGCUGGUCAGCCCCGCGAUCGAUGCCCUCCUCAACUCCAACGCCGACCUCGAAGUGGGCGAGCGCUCAAGUGACUGGCGCGGUAUUGACCUCUUCGGCCGAGACGCCGCCGCGCUGCUCGGUGGUGGUGGUGGUGGUGGUGGUGAACACCAAAAGCCCAGCCCCGUCGCCAAAGCAAUCGGUCACGCAGGUCUCGGAGAUCUCCUUAGUCUGGCCAAGACGGUGAUCCAGCGGAUCGACGCCGUGGGGUUCUGGAAU